AGAACAAGUAUGUAAUAGCUAGUGGAGGUGAUGAUAAUUGUUUAUCUGUUAGUAUGGUAUCACUAGAUAAUACUGAUAAUACUGGUAGUUUUACUCUUGUUAAAUCAGGACAGAAUAUCAAUACUCAUUCAGCUCAAAUAACAGAUAAUACUGGUAGUUUUACUCUUGUUAAAUCAGGACAGAAUAUCAAUACUCAUUCAGCUCAAAUAACAGAUAAUACUGGUAGUUUUACUCUUGUUAAAUCAGGACAGAAUAUCAAUACUCAUUCAGCUCAAAUAACAGAUAAUACUGGUAGUUUUACUCUUGUUAAAUCAGGACAGAAUAUCAAUACUCAUUCAGCUCAAAUAACAGAUAAUACUGGUAGUUUUACUCUUGUUAAAUCAGGACAGAAUAUCAAUACUCAUUCAGCUCAAAUAACAGAUAAUACUGGUAGUUUUACUCUUGUUAAAUCAGGACAGAAUAUCAAUACUCAUUCAGCUCAAAUAACAGAUAAUACUGGUAGUUUUACUCUUGUUAAAUCAGGACAGAAUAUCAAUACUAAUUCAGCUCAG